AUGGGAGUGAUCGUGUUCUCUCCCGGUGGUAAAGUGUUUUCUUUCGGUAAUCCAGAUGUUAGAUCUGUGAUUGACGGUUUCAGAAAUCAUACCCGUAAUCCUUUUCUAUUUGCUGAAAAUGGUCCCAAUGCAACUGUCGAGGGUCUCAACAAUGUACUCACUCAGGAGACAGCAAAGCUUGAAGCGAAGAAAGAAAAGAAGAAAUAUUUGGAGCAAAUAAGGAGCCAGAGAACAGGAUCGGAGAAAUGGUGGGAACUUCCUCCAAGUCAACUUAACUUAAGUCAAACGACUCGUCUAAUCAACGCUCUGGAAAAGAUAAAGAUGGAUUUGGAGAGUCAACGGCCCCAACCCGUACAAGCAACUGCUCCGCAGAAUUACCAUGACGGAAGUUUCAACAACAAUGUUCAAGGUGGUAAUAUCGAUACUUUCGACCAAAGAAGCAUGAUCGAUAUGAAUGCUUUCAACUAUAAUCCCAACAUGGUGAUACCUAAUCACGGACCAGUGCUUGGAUUCAACAAUAACAGCAAUGUUAUCGAUCAGGUGUCUGAUCCGAGGAACAAUAUGACUUGGCCUGAGUACAACCACAACCCAUACUAA